UCAAGCAUCAUUCGCCACACACGCUCCGUGGAGAACAGUUGCGCCAUGAAGUUCCUACUCGCCUUCGUCGGCGUCCUAGCCGUGGUCGCCGGCAACACCACCCCCACCGGCAAAGUCGUCUGCUACUAUGACAGCAAGAGUUUUGUCAGGGAAUUUGAGGGAUGUAUUUAUCCAGCUAACGCGCGCAUGCUGCCUUUGGACUUGGAACCGGCCCUCUCUUUCUGCACCCACCUCGUCUACGGAUAUGCCGGAGUCCAACCUGACACCUACAAGAUGGUGCCACUCAAUGAGAACCUGGAUGUAGACCGCUCCCACGCCAACUACAGGACCAUUACCAACUUCAAGAGCAAGUACCCAGCUCUGAAGGUGCUGUUGUCCGUCGGUGGUGAUGCUGACACCGAAGAAGUUCAGAAAUACAACCUUUUGUUGGAGUCCCCACAAGCCCGCACAGCGUUUGUCAACUCUGGCGUGCUUUUGGCUGAACAACAUGGUUUCGACGGUAUCGACCUGGCCUGGCAGUUCGCUAAGUACAAGCCCAAGAAGAUCCGUUCUACUUGGGGGUCCAUCUGGCACGGUAUCAAGAAGACUUUCGGCACCACUCCCGUGGAUGAUAAGGAAUCUGAGCACAGAGAGGGAUUCACCGCACUGGUCAGAGAGUUGAAGCAGGCUCUCAGCGUCAAAUCCAACAUGCAGCUUGCCAUCACCGUCCUUCCCAACGUUAACAGUUCCAUCUACUACGACGUUCCUGCUAUCAUCAACCUCGUGGAUUUAGUGAACAUCGAUGCCUUCGACUACUACACCUCGGAACGCAACCCUAAGGAGGCGGACUAUGCUGCCCCCAUCUACACCCCCCAAAACCGCAACCCACUGCAGAACGCUGAUGCCGCUGUCAACUACUGGCUCCAAGGUGGUGCGCCGGCCAACAAGAUCAUCCUGGGCAUCUCCGCUUUGGCCCGCACGUGGAAGAUGGACUCUGAGAGUGAGAUCUCUGGUGUUCCUCCGAUCCACGUUGACGGACCCGGUGAAGCUGGUCCUUACACCAAGAUUGAAGGUGUGUUGAGCUACCCAGAGGUCUGCGCUAAACUUAUCAACCCUAACCAUCAGAAGGGCAUGCGCCCACACUUGAGGAAGGUCACUGACCCCAGCAAGCGUUUCGAAAAGCCCUUAACCAAGGAUGAAGAUUUGUCUCAUAUUUUUGGAACCUACGCCUUCCGCCUGCCUGACGACAGCGGCGAACCUGGUCUGUGGGUCAGCUACGAAGACCCAGACACCGCUGGCCAGAAGGCUGCAUACGUCAAGUCCAAGAAUCUUGGUGGCAUCUCUAUUGUGGACCUGUCGAUGGACGACUUCCGUGGUCUGUGCACCGGAGACAAGUACCCCAUCCUCCGCGCUGCUAAAUACCGUCUCUAAACUACCCUUCAAGAUACUUUAGAAUAAGCUGUUAUGUAUUUCACGAACAAAGGCAUGGAACUCCUUUUUGGGUCAAAAAUAACUUAAAAAAUCCUUCUCUUGUCUCCCUGCUAUCCUGUUUGCUGUUGAAGAUAUUGUAAACAGUUAGUUCCCCAAAAAUGAGCUCCAUGGCUUUAUUAUUUCAGUCCCCUGGUGGGCAAAUAGCAAAAAAAUACUGUAAAAGUACUAUUAUCGAGGUCAGUAGAAUUAAGACGCAGUUAUAACAUUUACGAAGAUAUUUUGUAUAUUGAAAUAAAUCAUAAUCUAUGACUAUUAUAA